AUGGACAACCAGAACGAUGACAGCUUUGAUCUCAACGCCACAUUCAGUGCCGUUCCUUUGAAUGAGGAUACCUUAAAGAAGGAUAGCAAGGUCAAGAAGCGUGCUGAAAAACGAGCCAAGCUUGAUCGCGACACACAGCGUGAAAUCAACCGAGAGAAACGCAAAGCAAAGAAGGAACUCAAGGAAAAGAACAAGAAACGCAAGCGAGGAGAGAUUCCUAUCAGUGAUGAUGAAGAGACGACUGCCAAGGAUGGCGAGGACAAGAAGCAAGAAGAUGAUGAGGAUGAAGAGCAACAAACCAAGAAGAAAAAGGAAUUUGGUGUUUGGGUGGGCAACUUCAGCUUCAACACAUCACCUGAAGACAUUCGCAAAUACUUUCGACGAUGUGGAACAGUGGUACGUUUGGUGUGUCCUCAAGGUUCAGGAGGAAAAAAGAACAAAGGCUUCGCCUAUGUGUUCUUUGUUAAACGUCGUGAGGCCGAGAAAGCUUUGGAGCUCAAUGAAUAUCCAUUGGAUGGACGACCUUUGUUAAUCAAGCCAGCAGAUGAUUUCAACAAGCAAGAAGGUUCCAAACCUAAGCCUAUCCAGUCAGAUACCACCAGCAACAGCAGCACUACAAAGCCCGUCAAAGGUGCUCAACAAAAGAAUCCACCUUGCCCAACUCUAUUCCUCGGCAAUCUUCCUUUCACAGCUACAGCAGAGAUGAUCCAAGCACAAUUUGAGUCUUUAGGCCAUAUCCGUAAAGUCCGUGUUGCAACCUUUGAAGAUAGCGGCAAAUGCAAAGGCUUUGGAUACAUUGACUUUGGAGACCUUGAUACUGCUGUACGUGCUAUUCGUGCCCCUGACAAACACGUGUUGGAUGGAAGAAAGAUUCGUGUUGAGUAUGCAUCUGAAGAAGCUUAUAACCGAGGUCGCCCACGUAAGGUAAAGGAAAGAGAAGCAGCAGCAGCGGCAGCAGCGGCAGCAGCAGGAGAAGGAGGAGAAGGAUCGAAUGAUGCCUCUCAAGAAGAUCAAGGUGAAACCCAAGAAGAACAUCAACAACAGGAAUAUGAACAUCGUGGAAAGCGAAGAGGAUAUGAUCAUGGAGAUGGACCACGAGAAAAGCGUCGCAAAUCCAACAAGGAUGGAGGUCGCACCAAACCUGGAAAGGCUUUAUCAGAAGCACAACGCCAGAGACCUACUGUACAAGAGUUCAAGGGUACCAAGAUUGUCUUUGAUUAG